GAACAAUUUCUUCUUUUUCUGACCACUACCAUCGUCACCAGGAAAGAAGCAAGCAAACAAACAAUCUUGUAUGCUUGUGGAACAAUUUCUUCUUCUUUCUUCAACUCUUAUCACUUUUGGCUCACUUUUGGCCUUGCUGAAAUUCAUCUUACGUUCCUUCCCGAAUCAGGUCUCCAGAAUAUCCCUCUUGCACGAUUUGGAUAAAUCAACUGAUAUAAUGGAUCCUAAUACAAUUUUAGCCUUCAUCGUUGGUCUUGUGGCCUCGAUCGGUGUUUUGAUUUGGAUCAAUGCAGGAAAAGCCAAACCGGUCUUGAACCCCAAAGAAUGGCAAUCGUUCAAAUUGAUGGAACGCAAAGAUGUUUCCGAUAACACCGCAGUUUACAGAUUCAGAUUGCCAUCCGAUCAAAGCAUUUUGGGUUUGCCAAUCGGUCAACAUAUCAGUCUUCAAGCUAACAUUGACGGCAAAAACGUUCAACGUAGUUACACACCCGUCAGCAGUGAUGACGAAAGGGGAUUCUUUGAUUUGAUGAUCAAAACAUACCCAAAUGGAAACAUUUCGAAACAUAUGAGCACUCUCAAAGUUGGUGAUAAAAUGCAAGUUAAAGGUCCAAAAGGUCAAAUGAGAUAUUCGCCUGACUUGUGCCGUAGAAUCGGUAUGCUUGCCGGAGGAACGGGUAUCACACCAAUGUUACAAAUCAUUCGUGCAAUGGCCAAAAAUCCAAAGGAUAACACAAAAAUUGAUUUGAUCUACGCAAACGUUAAGGAGAAUGAUAUCUUGUUGCGUAAAGAAUUGGAUGAUUUGGCCGAAAAGUCUCCAGAGCGUUUCACCGUUCACUACUUCUUGAACGAACCACCACAGGGAUGGAAGUACGGCUCUGGUUUCGUAUCAAAGGAAGCCAUUGAGGAGAAAUUCCCAAAACCAGCUGAUGAUAUCAAAAUUUUGCUUUGUGGUCCUCCACCAAUGAUCAACGCAAUGAAGAAGCAUCUUGAUGAACUUGGCUACGAGAAGCCAAACACGAUCAGCAAAUUGCACGAUCAAGUCUUCAGCUUCUAAGCUGCUUACAAAGCGGAGGAAUUGCGCCCUGAUGUUAAGGCAUCAGAAGCAGAAGUGUGCCCAACUUUAUUGGAAUAAGGAACGUUCUUGUGUCCAGUAUUGUGAGGGCAACGAAAACAGUAGGUUAUACCACACAAAUUAUGUCGAAGUGAGCGAAGCAAACUGAAUCGUUAACGAUGAAGUCGAAGAAGAAAGGAACAGAGAUGGAUUUAGGUGCGAAAAAGAUGCGAAAAUAGAUUAUCAAUAAUGUCCAUAGUGUACAUCUCGAUUAUUUCUUUUUUUUUUUUAUUAUUAAUACAUCAAAUCUUCAUCUAUU